AUGACUCCCUCCGUUGCUUCAGUUGUUUCCUUCUUCUUAUGCCUGCUUGUGCUUGUGCUUCCUGCUCCACACGGCGCCUCCUCCCAUGCAAGCUACAAUCUAGGGUCCAGACAAUUUUUUUCUAAGACACCUGGCAAGUCCUCUGGCAGCUCACAGAAGGCCUCCACGGUGCCUACUGGAACCACCUGCUCGUCCCUUGCAGCUGGCCUAGGAAGCAACAAGCUAGCCAUAGUGCACCGGCAGAGCCCAUGCUCGCAGUUGCAGGGGUUGCCGUCCCUCACGGUGGCAGAUGUCUUGCGUCGUGAUGCCUCCCUCAUCUCGCGCCGUUUCUCCUCACAGUCGUCGUCUCUAGUGACCACGCUGGCCACACCGCCGGCACCGACCACGCAGCCCCCACCGCCAGCACCGACCGCGAAGGCCCCACCGCCGGCAACGACCGCGCCGGCACCAACCACGCAAGCCCCAUCGCCGGCGCCAACCGCGCAGUCCCCGUCGCCGGCACCGAUCACGCAGGCGCCAACUCCGGCAGCGACCAUAAUCCCUGCCAACGGCUCGUUAGACCCGAGGACGCUACCGGGAACGCUGGACUACAGCGUGCUCGUUAGCUACGGCACGCCGGAGCAGCAGUUCCCGGUGUUCCUCGACACGAGCAGCGUCGGCGCGUCCAUGAUCCGGUGCAAGCCCUGCGCCUCAGGCUCCGUCGACUGUGAUCCGGCGUUCGACACGUCGCUGUCCUCGACGUUCAACCAUGUCCUCUGCGGCUCGCCGGACUGUCCUACCAACUGCUCCGGCGACGGCGACGGCGACUCCUUCUGCCCGCUCGACGGCACAUACUCGGUCAUCAACGGCACGUUUGUGGAGGAUGUGCUCACACUGGCGCCGUCGACCGCCAUCAACGACUUCAAAUUCGUCUGCCUCGACGUGCAUAAACCUGAUGUCCUCCAGACGGCGGGCUUCCUCUCCCUCGGCAUCAACGCCACCGUCAAAGACGACAACGCCACCGCGCACGCCACGCUGGUGAGCAGCGGGAACCCGGAGCUGGCGAGCAUGUACUUCAUCGACCUCGUCGGAAUCAGCCUCGGUGACGAGGACCUCUCGAUUCCGGCGGGCACCUUCGGCAACAGGAGCACCAACCUGGACGUCGGCACCACCUUCACCAUACUGGCGCCGGACGCGUACACGGCGCUGCGUGAGUCCUUCAAGAGGCAGAUGUCGCAGUACAACUUCUCGUCGUCGCCGACGGACAUCGCCGGCGGCUUCGACACGUGCUUCAACUUCACCGAUCUGAAUGACCUCGUCAUACCGAACGUCCAGCUGAAGUUCAGCAACGGCGACAUGCUGGUGAUCGACGCAGACCAGAUGCUGUACUACGACGACGACACCGACGCCGCUCCGUUCACCAUGGCGUGUCUCGCCUUCUCCUCCUUGGACGCCGGCGAUUCCUUCGCCGCCGUGAUUGGGUCGUAUACGCUGGCGACCACGGAGGUGGUCUACGACGUGGCCGGAGGACAGGUUGGCUUCAUCCCAUGGAGUUGCUAG